AUGUCAGGAUAUAGAGUGCGCGAAGGAGCUCUUAAGCUGAAAGGAAAGAAACAGAAAUUAUUUAAAGCAGAUCGUCCAAAAAAAGAGAAGAAGAAAGAGCAGGAGGAAGAUAAGGUUGAUCCAGAUCUUGAAGCUCACGCGGGAUGGUGGGUGAUAAACAAUGAAGUUGAUCUGAAGGGUGGAAUGAACAUAGCGAUUGAGCAAGGUGAAGGAACACGUUGUUAUUUGUCUGCCUUGGAUAACGGAAAAUUUACUGUCGGAGGACCUCAUCCGGCGGGAGAGGAACCGUUCCCUAACGAGCAGUUCGCCCUUGUACGAACGCCCGACGAAGACAAAAUCAGUCUCAAGACUGGAUACGGAAAAUAUGUUGGUGUGAAUGCUACCGGUGAAUUAGUUGCUACAGCAGAAGCCAUUGGUACCAAGGAGAGGUUUAUUCCAAUUUUCCAGGAUGGUAAAAGCGCCAUUCAAGCUGUGUUCAAUCCUUUAUUCUUAUCUAUGGAUACGGACCAGGAAGGCCAUGUAUUCGUUUGUAGUAAGCAAGCGAAAGAAUCGGAAAUGGUUACGAUUCGUACCAAUUGUGUGAGAACAGGUCCACAGGACUUCACACCUGCGGAAGAUAAGAAGGGUGCUAAAGAGUGCGAAACUGCGUAUAUAAAAAUGUAUCAGCACUCGAAAGUUGAUCUCAAGGGAAGGUGUGUAUCUGUUAAUCUCAACAACAAGAGAGGUGUCAAACGUGCUCAGGAAGAUGGAAACCUUCACGACUACUUGCUUGAGCGCCGUGUUAAGGCAAAGUCUGAUCGAUAUUGUUAA